UAAUUUUCCCUAUAGAGAUGAUGUCAUGUCAGUGAAUCCUACCUGUUUGGUCCUUAUUAUUCUUCUGUUUAUUAGCAUUAUCUUGACUUUCAAGGGUUACUUGAUUAGCUGUGUUUGGAACUGCUACCGAUACAUCAAUGGCAGGAACUCCUCCGAUGUCCUGGCUUACGUUACCAGCAAUGACAAUACGGUGCUGCUACCCCCGUAUGAUGAUGCCACUGUGAAUGGUGCUGCCAAGGAGCCGCCGCCACCUUAUGUGUCUGCCUAAGUGGAGCUGAGGGCAGCAGCUUGACUUUUUUGACAUCUGAGCAGUGGUUCUGUUAUUUCACUUUUGUGACGAGCUCUCUGAGCUUGUUUGUUGCUGAAAUGCUACUUUUAAAAAUUUAGAUGUUAGGUUGAAACCUGUACUUUUCAGCAUAUCCUUUGCUAGAACGCGGUGAUAGAUGAGUUGUAGAAUUCUUUCCUUAGGAUUUGGGGUGUAAUGGGCUUCACUAACCUUCCCUAGGCACUGAAACUUCCCCCAAGUCUGAUGGACCCAGAGUCAGAGAAGUUCGCUUUUGUACCUGCUGGGCUCCAAAGUCAGGCAGUUAGUCACACUUUUUCUCUCUACUCCCUCUAUUUUGAAAGUGUAAAAUAAAACCAAAAGUAGACAACUUUUUCUUAAGCCAUUCCAGUGUAGAGAACAAACCCUUAUGAAAACAGGAAUGUCAAUUGUGUCAUCAUUGUUCUAAUUAGGUAAAUAGAAGUCCUUAUAUAUGUAUUUACAAGAAUUUGCCCCAUAGCAUCCCUCAUGACUUAAGUUCAAUGACGGUUUGCACUUGGUGGUGAAGGAUUUUUCUCCAUGGCCUAAAUCAAGACUAUUAGAAAGCGCUAGGCUGUGGGAGCAGUAACCAUCUGAUGACUGUCUCGUGCAUCUGGGUCCAGGGACACGGGGUGACGUGCUCGUCUGUGUUAGAGGAUGGGACGGGUGUGCUUGGCGCUGCAUGGGAUCUGCUGCUCCUCUCCUGGAUUCACAUCCCGACCCAGGGCCCGCUUUCACUAAGUGUUCUGCCCCAGCCUGGUUCAAGGAGGUCAUCCAGCUGACUUUACCAAGUGGAAUUGGGAUGUAUUUGAUAUACAUUUGCCUGACAACAUGGAAAAGGGUUUUCCUCCUCCUUUCCCUCCAAGGUACAUUCUACCGCUUUGAACUUCCAAGUAUACCUAGUGACCUUUUAAAAUGUAAACGUUUUCAGAAAAUUGAAGGUUGCUUUCCUUGUAUGCGCUUAUUAUCUUGACUACCUGAACUGCAAGGGAUUUUUAUAUAUUCAUAUGUUCCAAAGUCAGCAACUCUCCCGUUGGUUCAUUAUUGAAUGUGCUAUAAAUGAAGUCUUUUGCAAUUAAAAAGAGAUUUGCCCACAUCCAAGA